AUGAAGGCCAAAGCUUUGUCAGUGAGGGAGUGCGCUUGGUUCACAGAGGAGUGCCACCAAGUAAAUGAUCUUGAAGACGCCCAGAGGGAUGGCCUUUGCUUACCAAACAUCUUCAGGUCCAAAAAAGUCAAGCCGCUCACUAGGAUUCAAACUGGACCCACUUACCAGGUCUACUAUACGGCCAAAGAGCUUCUUCUGGAGGUGCUGGACAGAGCAGCAGUCCGGGAGCUGAUCAGGAGAGCAGCAAGGGUGAAAUCCGGAGCAAAGAGCCAGAACAGAGAGCAGAGUGUAGAUCUGUCUGAGGGGGAGUAUGCAGAGGUGUUAACAUGCUUCUCCAUAGUCUUGCAGAGUGGUCUAUCUGUAGGAGAGAACUGCAGCUUUGGACCCGAGCUCAGCCUGAAAAUGGACGGCUGGCAGGGUGUCCUGAAGAGGAACAGCUUUCAGACAAGCCUCCUGUCUCUGACCAGACUGGAGGAUGGAGAAAAGCUAGAAAUACUCUCUGCUUUCUGCAGCCACGUGACAAGGCAAUAUCAGGUUUUGUACACGCCUGGUCCCAACCUGGCUGUGAAGAAAUACAGACUUGUCUCCCAGCAGAGUCCUUGCUCUCUUCAUCUGGCUCUUCUCUGUGAUACAAGCACAGGAUUUAUCUGCAACCUGUUUCUGUACUGUCCAGAGCAGCUCCAGAAGCAGAGUCGUAAACCAGUAGUCGAGCAGGUGGUGGGACACCUACUGAGGCCUUUCUGCAGCCACAGACACCUGGUCCAGCUGGACAAAUCUGCCUGGAUGGAGGGCAGACACACGGACAUCUUCUCUGGUUCAAGAAUUGAAAUCAGUUUUGUUCCAUCUGCUCAACAAACAUGCGAGGACUCACCGUCUGAACUCAUAGCCCACCUGCAGGACUGGACCGGACCUGCUCUGUUUCCUCUGUCAGACCUGAAAGGAGGAACAGUAGAUGUGUUUCUCCCUGGCCUCUGGGCAGCACUGCACAUCAUCUGCAUCAACACAUUUGUGCUCCACACUCUGCAAAGCUCAGGCUCGGGCAGGCAGGUUCAGCUCCCAGAGUUCACCAGGGCUCUGGCCUCUCAGCUAGCUGUGGACAGCAGCGUCACUGUGCCUGUUCUGCAGCGUCUAAACAGCACUUCAUGCCAGGAGGCGAGUUUAACAAAUCUGUCCAAGCAAAGGAUAAAUACGAGCAGCUCUGCCCGGAUGGAAAGAGAGAAACCAGGCAGCAGCUCUCCAGUGAGGCUGCAGAGGCUGAACAGACCAGGAGUUUGUGGUUUGGACAACUCAGGGAACUCCUGCUAUCUGAACGCUGUACUGCAGUGUCUGUGCUCCACUGUGCCCCUUGUGGAGAACCUCCUUAAUCAGGACACACGCAAAGAGCUGGCACGAUCGAAGUGCCGGAUGGCUGAAGUGUUUGUGCGCCUGCUGCAGGAGAUGUGGUUAGGAAGGAGCUCCCGCUGUUCACCUGUAGAGGCCAGAUCUGUGCUGACCUCCAUCCUCCCCCAGUUCAACAACUACUCCCAGCAGGACGCCCAGGAGCUGCUGCUUUUUCUGCUCAAUGCGCUUCAUGAAGACCUCAAAAAGGUGUCGAAGCGCCAGAUUAAACAGCAAAGACAAGUCCAGAAUAGAAACAACGCCACAGCAGCAGGGGAGUCCACCAUCGUUUCUCAUCUGUUUGAGGGCCAGCUGAGCUACAUGACCCUGUGCAUGCACUGUGACCACGAGGCUCACAGCACACAGACCUUCACUGUUCUGUCACUACCAAUACCAACAGGCAGCAUUAAGUGCUCCAUUCAGGACUGCCUGGCGCUGUUCUUUGAGCAGACUGUCCUGACUGGUGGAGAGCAGAUGCUGUGUUCAGUGUGUGGUCUCAGGAGAGAAACUACAGUGCUGACGUGUUUGGACAAACCUCCUGAGAUCCUCAUGUUACAUCUGAAACGGUUUGGCUGUAAGGGGAAGAACCAGGUGAAACUGAAGAAUAAUGUUCUGUUCUCUAUGAAGCUGGACCUCAACCCAUUUCUAUGCAGCUCACUGCAGAACAUCACAUAUUCCUCAUACCACCUAUAUGCUGUCGUGAACCAUUCAGGUCAUCUGAACAUGGGUCACUACACCGCUGUGUGUCACAGCUCCCUGACUCGGACCUGGCACUGCUUUGACGACUCAGCGGUCAGAGAGGUUCAGGACAGCCAUGUUCAAUCUCCUAAUGCCUACAUGCUGCUCUACAGCCGUAAACCAUUUCAAAAACCAAAGAUCAGUGGACUGUGAGCUUUUUAACCAGCAUACCAAAACCAAGAGGAGACUGAGCUUCAACUUCCUGAGUCAAACCAUGUUGUAGAUGUCCAACAGUGAAUGACGGAGUACUCUUUUGGAGCAUUUUGAUUCCUGAUCAGAUAACUUACUGAUCAGGAAUACAAAAACCUUCUUUACUCCAAAUAAAUGCAAAGAUCCAA